UAUAGAUAUCCACUUCUCAUAUUGUCUUAUUUUAACCAAAAUAAGAGACAUAAAAAUUAACAAAUUAAGCUCCUUUCUGUUUGUGCUAAGUGUACAAAAGCACAAUCAAGCAAGAACUACACUAGUAGAGACAAGAUUAGCUAAACUGCAACCUAUUUUCCACCCAUGAUACUUUAAUCAAACCUCUAACACCUGAACAUGCUAACUUAUCUCAAAUAACUUUUUGAAUCUGGAUAUUUGUUGAUAAUUUCACACAAUCAAAAUAGGCAACCUGUUAACAGCGACAAAUAUUUGGCACCUGAUGGUUUACCUUUUGUUGUGAAGGGUCUCGCACCAGGGCUACCAUACAAAGAAGCAAAUCAGCAGAAUAUUUACAUAUUAAAUUGAAUAAUCGGUCCAUUUUGGCUCACGGGUACCGGAGUUUCAAAUGACAAGCUAACAACAAAAGCAUUUCAAGAUACUACUUGCAAUAUUAUUAAUGCUUCUAACCGUAAUUUAACGUAAUAAAAAUAAAUUGAGUUCAUUGUGUGUUUUAAACUUUUAUAGUACAGACUGUAAAAUGGAGUUUGUAGUGUGAAUAUGUGUACAAAACACCACUUUAGAAAGGACAUACGAGGGCAUAUUUAAAGAGUAGGUGAGUGGUGGGAACGGUUUCCAUGUUAGCUUAGCGGAGUUAGCCGGUGGCACGCGGAGAGAUCUCACCGUUGCAGUCUAGCGCGUGCAGAGGGACGUGAACUUUGAGCAGCGAGACACACGCCGAGUAACCUCGUAGCAACUGGAGACGGAGGUUUGUAACACUGAAGCAACUGCUUUAUGUCUGACAGGUUAAAUGCACGGUUCUUAACAGCUUUCCUCCACGUUCCCAGAGUUGAGACCUCACCCAAGAGCCAAAACAAACAAAAAAAAAAUGACAACCAACAAGCCAAGGAGCGUGCUCCGCGAAGCCUCCCAUCAGAUUAUAGCCGGUGGAUCCGCUGGUCUGGUGGAGAUCUGCUUAAUGCAUCCACUUGACGUUGUGAAGACGAGGUUUCAAAUCCAGCGAGGAUCAAGUGACCCCACCAGCUACAAGAGUCUAAGAGACUGCUUCCGCACGAUUUUCCGCAGGGAAGGAAUCUUUGGCUUCUACAAGGGAAUCCUGCCUCCGAUCCUGGCAGAGACCCCAAAGAGAGCAGUGAAGUUUUUCACCUUUGAGCAGUACAAGAAGGUGCUGAGUCUGACCUCGUUAUCUCCUGGUGUGGCGCUCUCUGCAGCAGGCCUCGGCUCAGGCUUGACUGAGGCCGUCAUCGUCAAUCCGUUCGAAGUGGUGAAAGUCAGUCUCCAGGCCAACAGAGACUCAUUCACAGAGCAACCCUCCGCUUUCGCCCAAGCACGACGUAUUAUCGAGUCAGAUGGCUAUGGAUUGAGAGGUCUGAAUAAAGGGUUAACAUCAACACUGGGACGCCAUGGAGUUUUCAACAUGAUCUACUUUGGCUUCUACUUUAAUGUCAAGGAUGCAAUCCCUGCCAAUCCGGACCCCACGUUAGAGUUCCUGAGGAAGUUUGCGAUUGGCCUGACGUCUGGGACCAUCUCGUCAAUUGCGAAUAUUCCCUUUGACGUAGCAAAGAGCCGCAUCCAAGGGCCCCAGCCGGAACCAGGAGCGAUCAAGUACCGCACCUGCUUCCAGACCAUGUCACUGGUGUACCGCGAAGAGGGUUUCUUGGCUCUAUACAAAGGUUUGGUUCCCAAGAUAAUGAGACUUGGACCAGGUGGAGGGGUGAUGCUGCUGGUCUACGAAUAUGUGUCGAUCUGGUUGCAGAAGAACUGGUAACGAGAAAACCACAGGAGAGAAACGAAAGCCUGUAAUUUCUGUUCCAAAUUUAUUCCUCAUCGACAGCAUUGGUGACUUACCACGAAGCCUUUGGUUUUGUUUUUUCUAAGAUUUAUAAAAAUACCAAAACAGUGUUCCCAUAUUUUUACGAUACAUCUUUCUCACUAAUAAAAGCUGUGUAAACCAAUAGGUUUUCAUCACCAAAAAGUAUUUAGUUUUUUUUUGUACCAGUCCUAGAAUAGACAAAGCAGUGCCGACUUUAUAAAGUGACCUUUGUAAAUGGAGCUCUAAAGUUAUUAGGCAAAAUUUUUUUUUUUUUUUCUGUGCCACUCUGUUUGUCCCCGACUUGUUUAAAAUGGGUCAGAGUUUGGUUUUGUUUUCUGUUGCUUUUUUCAAAAAUGACUAAAUAAAUAGGCAAUUGCCUUCACUUUA